AUGUCACUCGAGGGGCAUUCGAUUUUCUCCGGGAACAUAUUGAAUCAGUCCAAUUCGGAGCGAUUCUUCUUGACUGCGAAUCGGGGUUCUCUCUGUGUGCUAUAUCAAGAGUCUAUCCUCAGAUGGUGUCUUGUUUCUGAAGACUCGUACAGAUUCAUGCAGUUGAAACCUGCAAUAGAAAGUGUCAAAGGUGCAGUACUUUCGAAAUCCGGUAAUUUCAUAUGUCUUUACAGUGAAGUUGAAAUACGGAUCGUGGAGAUUCCAUGGUCUUAUACAGAUCCUAGUUCGAUGGCGAGCGUGUUCCAGAGAUACCGCUACAUUAAUAAAAAGGAGGAGUAUGGACUCAAGCAGGUUUUAUUUCACGGUUUGGCAGCGCAGGAUAAUACUAUUAUUGUUCUGCGGUCCGAUGACUCCAUAAGUUUGCUUAAUUGGCAGCGUGAUAAUGACACAAUCGUGUUGAAUCGCCACUAUAGAGCUCUUGGUCUGGAUGCUGUUGUCAGUGAUGUUUCGUCUAUUACAUUGAGUGAAGAUUGCUUAACAUUAUACGCCGUAAACACUAGCGAAGGUGGAGAUAUAUACGCAUUUUAUCCAUGCUUGCCUUCUAAGCUGAACAUUUCAAAGAAGGAUCUAAAAUUUCUACUGAAUAAGUCCCUAGUACAGUAUGAAGGUUUGAACGUCAAUUCAAAAGCAGAUAACAAGACAAACACUAUUAAGCAGUUGCAUUUUGUUUCUGCUAUGCAAAAAAAUAGUGCAACAGUGGGUAACGAAAAGGAAGACCUCCUUAUUGAGGUUCCAGAAGGGCGUCGUCAAACAAGAGACCAAGGGCCCUUUACCAUUUCGCCUUUUCCAAAUAAACUUUACGAUUGUACGUUUCACGAGAUUUCAACUUUACCCAUCAGCAAAGAACUUGACUUAUUAGUACUGACAAUGGACAAUGGCUAUGUUGCCAUACUUUACAAUGAUUUAGAAAUAACGAUGAACUGGGAAUUUACCAACUAUGAUCAUAAUAACUCAUUCGUAUUGGUAGAAAUCAUCAAACUGGAUAAACCUGGGAAGCUGUCAAUACCUGCUGGUCAGUACGGGAAAUUCGCCGUAUCCACUGAUACGGGAGCUUAUCUAAUUGACACUGCUAAGUGGUCUGAAAAAAUGGCUACGUGCUUAGUGGAUUCAGAUCUACAAUUGAUAGGCGAAAUUACGUUUAAAAGUGACAUAAAAUUCAUUGAUUCCUUGUCUCACAUCACAUCAAUCAGUUUCUGCAGUAUGCUCGAAACUGAUUCUCUGAUUUUUGUUUCCAACCAAUCAGUAGCUGUGACCCCACUAGAACCAAACAUUUUGAAAUUGCCUAAGAGCAAUCAUAAUCAAAAAACUGAUAGUUCCAAUGCUUAUAAAAUACAUUUUACUCAACCUAUUGACGAGAUAAUGGCACUCAAUCAGAUCUUUCAGCAGGAUAUAAAAAAAUCACCAAGUGUAGUAGUGGAUCCAAAGACGAGACAACAACCGUUGGAGAAUGACACCAACGAAAUUCAACUCACUGCUUUGACAGAAGUUUCUAAGGACUUGAUGACUGGAAUUUCCAGAGGGCAAGCGCUCGGUUUGGUACUCCACAAUCGUUUAAGGGAACAGCAGUACGAAUUGACCUGCCAACUGAAAAUGGGUAAUGAGAUAUUGGAAAAACAAGACGUCAUUGCGGAUACAUACGAGAGGCAGCUCUCCUCCAAAAAAAAAAUUUCGGUUAAACAGAACUCUUUAAUAGAAAGACUUAAUGGUAUGAAGAAAAGAAUAACUGAAAUAGAACGCUCCUCGAGCUAUCAGAACAGCAAAAUCAGUAAAAAGGAAAUGGAAUGGUUCAAAGAAAUCAGAAACCAAGUGCUAAAUUUCAACCAAUACGUUCAUACUCAGCGUAAGUUACAAGAGCAAUUGCAGUACGUCUCAAAAGAGCUAAAGCUCCAACCUAAUGAAGUGACUCUAGAACAACCAUUAGAUGAUUGGGAUGAGCUACGAAAAGUGCUAGAUGAGGAUACAAAGAUUCUAAAAGAAUGCAAUGCACAAAUAAGGCAAGCAUCAACCGAAAUUCAUAACAAUACCGUUAAUACGUAA